CUGAUUCAGCAGCAAUCUAGCCUCCACUGAGUCUUCUACACAGGUAGAAGAAAGAAGAUCAUAUCCAAAAAAAGACAGUAUCUUGGGCUAUGGACAAAAUCAGUGGGUUAUCAGAUGACUUGCUGAUUAAGAUAUUAUCGUUUCUUCCAACAGAAGUUGCUGUAUCCACGAGCAUUUUGUCAAAACGAUGGGAGUGUCUUUGGAUGUGGUUGCCAAAACUCAAGUUCUAUGGUAGAUAUGGUUUAGCGUCUGAGGAAAAUAGUUUACAACGUUUUCUUAAUAGAAAUCUGCCAUUACAUAGAGCUCCGGUUAUCGAAAGCUUCCAUCUCUUCUUGGAAUCUUCCUGUUUUAAACCUGAAGAUAUCAAGCUGUGGCUUGUAGUUGCACUUUCUCGCCACCUAACCAAACUGAAAAUUACUUAUCGUUAUUCCAACAAGCCAUAUAUAUUACCGAGUAGCUUGUAUACCUGCAAAUCGCUCGUGACCUUGAAACUCCGUGGUAGGAUUCGUUUGGAUGUUCCUCGCAGGGUUUGUCUUCCCUCUCUGAAAAUUUUACAACUUCUAAUAGAUAGAUACUUAGAUGGAGAAUCUCUUCGAAAGCUUCUAACUAUUUGCCCUGUUCUUGAAGAUCUAGUGGUACAUUUUGAUAGGGACACGUACGAUAUGGGUUUGGUCACUGUUAACGUCCCAUCUUUGCAGAGUUUAUCACUCUAUGUACCUGGUGAUACUGCAAUUAUUUUUGAUGAAUUAGUGAUAGAUACUCCUUGUUUGAAGUAUUUCAAACUUGAGGAUCUUGAUGAUGGGGGUGAUGAUGGUCACUCAUGUUUGAUUAAGAAUAUGCCCUACUUGGAGGAUGCAUAUGUAGAUGUUAGAUACCGUGAUAUUUCAAGUCAUAUCGGAUCAUUCACAUCGGUCAAGCGUCUUACGAUAUGUUCAGAGACCGUGUAUGGUGAUGGUUUUGUCUUCAACCAGCUUGAACAUUUGACGCUAUGUGUAUGCACAGAUAAGUUGAAUCUCCUUGUCCGGUUGCUUGAAGAUUCUCCUAACUUACGAGUCCUAGACAUUGUUGAAAUGGAUCAUUAUGAUUCGCAUUGGGAGUAUCCACCGAUUACUGUUGAUGAAUGUAUUCUGUCGAGUUUAAAAACCUACAACUGGUCAGAAUACUUGGGAAGAAGGCCACAAGAGAAAGAUCUUGCGGUUUACGUCUUGGGAAAACGUUGGUCGCUUGAAGACUGCAACAAUCUCGUCUGAGACAUGUUUCUAUAUUCCAAAACUUGAGAUGAUUAAGGAAUUGUCAACCUUCUUUCGGUGCAUCAACCACAUGCCAACUCGUAUUUG